CGCCAGGACGCCAUUUUGGUGGAAAGUUUGGAAUUUCUGAUACAUGGGAAAAGGAGGGGGCGAGCGCAUGAGAAGUUUGACUCUAGGAAAAACAAUCAGUCAGAAAGGGGAACUACGAGGGAAAACUCUUGGCGGAAGUAACGGAAUACAGCACGAAUGCACAGAUUGAAUUUUGUAUUAUUUACCUCAAACGGGAUUUGCUUUUUUGGUGGUCUUUACAUUUGCACCGCUAGAGUUAAGGGCAGUUUCCAGACCUAUGUGCUGGCAUAUGCUGGUUUCUAGUCAUGCAGUACUCAGCCGUGAUUCGUGCUGGUUGAACAUAUAGUUUGCAACAGUUUCGUAUGGAAUUUGAGGUGUCCAAACACUAACUACGUGUCUCCUUUGGUUGCAAAAUCGAAUAUCGCAUGUGUCUGUUGUAGCGGCGUGUCCUGUUUGCCGCUGUCAGGUCUAUGCAGUGCUGAUACUGGCUGCUUGUGAAAGGGUGGUGGUGUUGUAGUAGGGGCGAGCUGGACGCCGGGAUUCAGGUCAGUGUUUUCUUCACAUCUAUGUAACGGACGUGAUCCGUAGUCAAGAGAAAGCAAUAUCCGACCUGCAUAUAGAAGGUAACAGAAACUGCCUUAAAGGACGUCUGAAAACCAAGGGGAGGAUUUUUCCUAUUUAACUUCACUACCAAUUCAGCUAAUAAGGUAGUGACAAACAACUGUUUGCUUAACGUUACUUGUCAGCUAGCUACACCUGGAGAGCUAGCCUAAACAUGCCAGUAAGGAAGAAAGAUGCUCAGCGGGCACUGAUUAUCCUGGAGGAAUAUCGAACGAAACUCGGACAAACAGAGGAUGGACAACUCAGACAUUCGAUUGAGAGGGUCAUCGACAUCUUCCAGAGCGACCUCUUCCAGGCACUCAUAGAUAUCCAGGAAUUUUACGAAGUGACCUUAUUGGACAGUGGGAAAUGUGCAGAGUCUCCAGAGCCGCCAGGACCCUUGCCCCCAGUCAACCUGUGGGAUCUGUCCAGCCUCCCAAGCACAACUGUGACUUCACAAACCCUGCCGAGCAGCCUUAACACCAGCGUAGAGAAAUACAGACAGCAAGAUGAGGACGCGUCACCCCCGGAGAACAGCUCCCCGCAGCUCGCCGGCGAGGCCCCACAGGGCCCGGAGCUGGUGCAGGUUUCGGAGAAGAGCCUGUCCCAGAUCGAGAACGUGCACGGCUUCGUCUCGCGCUCCCACAUCUCCCCCAUGAAGGUAGAGUCCCUGGAAUGCAUCUUCGACGGGCCGCCCCCUAUGGGCCACGAAGAGGUCCCCGCCCCCGCCUUCUCCACCCUGUACCCUCAGAGCAGCGCGCUGCUGCAGACAGAUGCCGCUCCCAUAAUCCCCGUGAUUCCCAUCUCGCCGGUCCCAGCCGAGACCCCCAUCACCCCCAUCAUCCCUCCACCCGCCUCACAGGCAAACCCUCCUCCCGUAGUGGUGAAUACAGAUAAUCUGGAUGCACCUCCAUAUGUGAACGGAACAGAAGCCGAUUUUGAAUAUGAGGAAAUCACACUUGAACGGGUAAGGUCACCGUUUCGUUUUGAUACCGUGUUUGUAAGGACAGGCACCAUAGAAUUCCAAGUACUGCUCAAGCCAUUGGAUGAUGUGGAUGUUGGCGUGACGCACCUGUGCGUGCCGGCACGUAACGCUGUCUCCCUGCGUCGCCGCCAGAAACUGUCUGGGUUCAGCAUCGCGGGGGCCGGAUACCCCCAUGGCGAGGACCCAGCAUCUCAUCACCAGGUUUUCAGUUGGCCUACUAGCAUACAUGAAGGUAAAACAAAGAUGAAUCUUUGCCUCCGUAGGGUCAAUGACAGCAUCCUGAGGGUGAACGAUGUUGACGUGAGAGACGUCACCCACAGCAAGGCUGUGGAGGCCCUGAAAGAAGCCGGCUCCAUCGUCAGACUCUACGUCAGAAGAAGAAAACCCAUGACGGAGAAGAUCAUGGAAAUCAAGCUUGUCAAGGGUCCCAAAGGUCUUGGUUUCAGCAUAGCCGGGGGAGUGGGAAAUCAGCACAUCCCCGGCGACAACAGCAUCUACGUCACAAAAGUCAUCGAGGGCGGGGCGGCGCACAAAGACGGGAAGCUACAAAUAGGGGACAAGCUUUUGGCGGUGAACAGUGUUUGCCUUGAGGAGGUGAGUCACGAGGACGCCGUGACAGCCUUGAAAAACACCCCCGACGUGGUGUACCUGAAAGUGGCUAAACCCACCAGUGUCUUCAUGAACGACAGCUUCGCUCCCCCCGAUAUCACCAACUCUUAUUCCCAGCACACGGAGAAUCAUAUCAGCCCCCUCAGCCCCCCUACCUUCCUGGGCCAGCCACCUGCCCCCUCACCCACAGGACGCUACUCCCCCACCCCCAAAGCCAUGCUGGGUGAUGAAGAUAUCACCAGACGCGUCCUUUCGCAGGUGAACGGGGUGGACCUCCACAGUUCCACGCACGAGCAGGCGGCGGCGGCGCUGAAGAACGCGGGACAGACGGUCACCAUCGUGGCGCAGUACAGGCCGGAGGAAUACAGCCGAUUCGAAGCCAAAAUCCAUGACCUACGGGAGCAAAUGAUGAACAGCAGCAUCAGUUCUGGGUCCGGCUCUCUGCGGACCAACCAGAAGAGAUCUCUGUAUGUCAGAGCUCUGUUUGACUAUGACAAGGCGAAGGACUCCGGGCUACCCAGCCAGGGCCUGAACUUCAAAUUCGGGGACGUCCUGCACGUGGUGAACGCCUCGGACGAUGAGUGGUGGCAGGCGAGACAGGUCACGGCGGACGGGGAGGUGGAGGAGGUCGGCGUCAUUCCCAGCAAACGGAGGGUGGAGAAGAAAGAGAGAGCCAGGUUAAAAACGGUCAAAUUCAACCCCAAGUCCAGAGAGAAGGGGUCAUUCAAUGACAAGCGUAAAAAGAGCCUCUUUUCCCGAAAGUUCUCUUUCCACAAGAACAAGGACCAGAGCGAGCAGGAAACGAGCGAUGCCGAGCAGCAUGUAACCUCUAAUGCCAGCGAUAGUGAAAGUAGCUACCGUGGCCAGGAGGAAUAUGUGCUGUCUUAUGAGCCAGUGAGUCAGCAGGAAGUGAGCUACAGCCGUCCAGUAAUCAUCCUGGGACCCAUGAAAGACCGAGUAAACGACGAUCUGAUUUCGGAAUUCCCUGACAAAUUUGGAUCUUGCGUACCCCACACGACCAGACCGAAGCGAGAAUACGAGGUGGACUCCAGGGAUUACCACUUUGUGGUGUCGCGGGAGCAGAUGGAGAAGGACAUCCAGGACCACAAGUUCAUCGAGGCCGGCCAGUACAACAACCACCUGUACGGGACGAGCGUCCAGUCCGUGCGCGAGGUGGCCGAGAAGGGGAAACACUGCAUCCUGGAUGUGUCAGGCAACGCCAUUAAGAGACUCCAAAUCGCACAGUUGUAUCCAAUUGCAGUUUUCAUUAAACCAAAAACUGUGGAAAAUAUAAUGGAAAUGAACAAGAGGCUGACGGAGGAGCAGGCCAGGAAGACCUUCGACAGAGCUAUGAAGCUGGAGCAGGAGUUCACAGAGAACUUCACUGCUAUUGUUCAAGGGGACACCUUGGAAGAGAUCUACGAACAGGUUAAACAGAUCAUCGAGGAACAGUCUGGGCCCUGUGUAUGGGUACCAGCCAAGGAUAAAUUAUGAAGGAGGCUGAAGAUUUUCUUCAACUUAAUUUAUUUUCUUUUAGCCAACUUAGCCUGCUGCAUUUGGCUUCACUACCAAAAGGUCUGGAGUCAAAUUGCCCCUCUUCCCUUUGUCAUGACUGGGGUCAGGGUUCAGAGGUCAUAACCUCCACCAGGCCCCCACACACUCUCCCACAUUUAACAUUAGCAGUCUCUUCAGGAGUGAUGUUGGAUCACCACUGAUCAAGGAAAGAGGUAAUACCUAACCAGCGACAAAAAAAAAUAGGGUUUUGACGGUACAAUUCCUUAAUGUUUAAGGGAGGUGACUUUCUGCAAAAAAAUAAAAAUUUUAGAUGCAUUGUGUAUAUUUAUAACUUCUCUAGAUUUUUUUCAUGAAAUAGGAAAUGCAUUCUCACGCAUUUGGGUCAUUCUAAAAUGAAAGCAAAACUUUGCACGUUAUAGCUUUAACAGCAUGUUUUCAACAUUUCUUUGUUUGCAGCUUUAUUUCUCUCAUUUAUACUGUUCCCAGUUUUUUCAUAGUCUUGUUCCUGUAGCGAGUUAGGCGUAGUCUUGUUUUUCAGCAUAUUGUAUUCAUGUUUAUUUUUUACUUGUAACCUUGUCAUUGAGUACAUGUUAAAACGGCCAUUCUUUUUCAUCACUUUGAACUACACAGAAACGUGUUCACGCGGUACGUGUUGGGGUGUUGGCAAGUUGGGUUUCUGAAAGUGUUGUCUGUCCUUUUAUCGUUGAACUUCAUUCACGACCACAAUCUUUGAUAGUUUUAAGUUUAGGUGCUUUGGAGAGCUCUUAACGCCCAUGAGAAAAACAAAUGGCCAUUUCUGAAAAGAUGUCCAAAUGUUUGUAGGGAGGAAAAUGCCAAUGCAAAAACUCUUAAGGAUUUAUUGUACACUGAGAUUUUAACAGAUGUUUAACCCUCUUCCUAUUUUGUUAUAAUAAAGUCUAUAUUGAGCUUUA